GGCUCAAUCACAUUGUUUAUUCCAUCACAUUCCAACACACACAAAACUUGCCACUGAUCACUACUAAUAAUUUAGCAACACUCAUUUUACAAUGGCAAGCUUGCUCUCCUCUCCCUUUGCAUGUGCACUUCUUAGCCUAAUUGUGCUCUCAAUAGCUACCACUAUGGUGCCUCGAGUCGAGGGCCGGGCCUUCUUCGUGUUCGGAGACUCGCUCGUGGACAAUGGCAACAACAACUACCUUCUAACGAGUGCCAGGGCCGACUCCCCCCCUUAUGGCAUCGACUAUCCAACUCAUCGCCCUACUGGCCGGUUCUCCAACGGCCUCAACAUCCCCGAUCUCAUUAGUGAACAUCUUGGAAUGGAGCCUACACAGCCAUACUUGAGUCCAUUUCUUAGAGGGCAGAAGCUUCUUGUUGGGGCCAAUUUUGCUUCAGCGGGAGUUGGAAUCCUUAAUGACACUGGAAUUCAGUUUCUAAACAUCAUUCGUAUUGGGAAACAACUCGAGUAUUUCCAACAGUAUCAGACACGUGUCGCCAACAUCAUCGGACCGGUUCAAACGACAACACUAGUCAACCAAGCUCUGGUCCUCAUCACUCUCGGAGGCAACGAUUUCGUCAACAAUUACUAUCUAGUCCCAUUUUCCGCGAGAUCCAGACAAUUUUCCCUACCGGACUAUGUUAGAUACCUCAUCUCCGAGUACCGCAAAGUUUUGCAUAAGCUGUAUGACUUGGGAGCUAGGAGGGUUCUAGUGACCGGGACGGGCCCACUCGGGUGCGUCCCGGCUGAGCUGGCACAGCGCAGCCGGACCGGAGAAUGCUCGGCGGAGCUGAUGAGGGCGGCGGGGCUAUUCAACCCGCAGCUGGUUCAGAUGCUGGACAGCCUCAACAGUGAAAUAGGGACUCAUGUGUUCGUUGCGGCUAACACACAACAAAUGCAUAUGGACUUCAUUUCUGAUCCUCAAGCCUUCGGAUUUGUGACGUCGAAAAUCGCGUGUUGUGGGCAAGGCCCAUACAACGGAAUUGGGCUUUGCACGACCCUAUCUAACUUGUGCCCAAACAGAGAUUUGUAUGCAUUUUGGGACCCAUUCCACCCAUCAGAAAGGGCCAACAGAAUUAUAGUCCAACAAAUUUUGAGUGGUGAUACCAAUUAUAUGAAGCCCAUGAAUCUAAGCACCAUCUUGGCUUUGGACUCAAGGACCUAAAUAUUUCAAUCCCAAUUUCCAAAUAAUUUGUAUUGUUAUGUAUUUUUAUUUAUGGUUGUUCCUUUCGUUGUGAUUAAUGUACCUUGGGACAGUGAUGAUCAUGUAAUAGUAUCAAUGCUGUCUGGAGUUUGGUGAGUUGGGAAAUAAUUUUUAUUAUUUCA